GGCGGCCGCCUCCGCCGACUGGGUUGCGCGCGGGUGUGGCGCUUGCAGUGGGCAGGCCGGAGGCGCGUUGGAGGCCCGCGGGGAAGCGGGGCCAGCGGGCGGCGUUGCUCGAGCAGGUGUUCUGCGAGGAGAUCAGGAACGCCUCGCGGGAGGUUUAUUUGGCGACGCUGCUGCGCAUUGAUAAGGAGGGCCUGAAGGCGCCGGCGGCCUGCGUGCGGGGGCAGGUGCGCGACGCUCUCCUGGGCUGCCGCAGCGCGCCAGAGGCCGAUCCCGCGCGGCUGGCAGGGCACCCGGGGCAGGCGCUCGCGCCCGUCGGGGUGCAGAAGCUGGCGGUAUUCAGAGAAUACCGCGCGCCAGUGACAGGCGCCCGGCGGGCCCGCCACCUCGCGGCCCCCUACUUGAACAAGAAGAGCAAGUUCGUGACGCUCAAGCGGAAGCUGAUUUCGCACGCGAAGACGUUCUGCUCGCGCAAACUAGCGGUGUGGACGUUCGGGGGCGCUGACGAGCUCGGGAAGAUCAUCGACGAGGCAUGGGCGUGGGUGAACGUGGACGCCGUCUUAAAGGGCGCGAUGAAGACCCGCGUGCAGGGGGCGAAGGAGGCGCCGCGGGCGCCUUGUGCCUGCGGCGGCCGCUGGCUGCGCCGCGUCCGCGAGAGCUUGUCGAUGAGUGGCAUCGACGUUCCAGCCCUGUGCAACAGCAUUCUGAU